AUGGUCUCCGACGAUUUGCCCACCAGACACAAACCACUCCCCCCUACCUCUCCUUUCGCUCCCCGCCACCUUCUGUCCAUUGCCGACCUGACUCCGGCUGAGUUCGCAACCCUGGUGCGCAAUGCCGCCUCGCACAAGCGGGCUAUCAAGUCCGGAGCUAUCCCGCAAUCCCUCAUUGGAUCUCUCUCCGGCAAGACUGUCGCCAUGAUGUUCAACAAGCGCAGCACCCGUACGCGCGUGUCUACAGAGGCUGCCGCCGUGCAAAUGGGCGGCCACCCUAUGUUCCUCGGCAAGGAAGAUAUCCAGCUCGGCGUCAACGAGUCUCUCUAUGAUACCUCUGUCGUCAUUUCCUCCAUGGUUUCCUGCAUUGUCGCGCGAGUCGCCAAGCACUCCGACGUGGCUGAUCUGGCCCAGCACUCGACUGUUCCGGUCAUCAACGCUCUGUGCGAUUCUUUCCACCCCCUGCAGAUCAUUGCCGACUUCUUAACCAUCUACGAAUCAUUCACCCCCAAGGCUCACACUGUCUCCAGCCUGGGCCUGGAGGGCCUGAAGAUUGCCUGGGUUGGUGAUGCCAACAACGUUCUGUUCGAUCUGGCCAUUGGUGCCACCAAGAUGGGUGUUGAUAUCCACGUCGCCACCCCCAAGGGCUACGAGAUCCCCGCCGCUAUGGUCGACAUUAUCCAGCGUGCUGGAGACGGCGUGACCCACGCCGGCAAGCUCAUUCAGACCAACGUUCCCGAGGAGGCCGUCAAGGAUGCCGAUCUCCUGGUCACCGACACCUGGGUGUCCAUGGGCCAAGAGGAGGAGGCCAAGAAGCGUAUGAAGGCCUUUGAGGGCUUCCAGAUCACCGCUGAUCUGGCCAAGCGUGGCGGUGCCAAGGAGCACUGGAAGUUCAUGCACUGCCUUCCCCGACAUCCCGAGGAGGUCAGCGACGAGGUCUUCUACAGCCCUCGCUCCCUCGUUUUCCCCGAGGCCGAGAACCGUCUGUGGGCCGCCAUCUCGGCGCUGGAAGGCUUCGUCGUUAACAAGGGCAAGAUUGUCGAAUAA